AUGGUGGCGCCGCCGCUGAUGAAGCUCGCGAGCGUGCGCGCCAAGCACCUCUGCGAGACGGAGGAGGAGGCUUGCAAGGGGUCGGACUCGUGCAAGGGGCCGGGCCGCGAGCCGCGCGCGUCGCCGGUGCCUCGCAUUGCCGGCCGCGCCUUCGACGGCGCCGAGCUGCGGUACGGCGACGUGACGACGGAGCCGCGCCUCUGCUUCACGCACAUCUACAUCUUCGACUGGGUGUUCGCCAAGCCGACCCUCGCAAAGGUGGCCAAGGUGCUGCAGGCGUCGCCCUUCUACGUGCAGCCCGUCGCGAAGCUGUCCGGCUUCCGCACGACCGGCGGCGAGGGCAUGACGGCCUGGAUCUACAUCAACUUGGAGAAGGUGCCGGGCGCCGUGUGA